GUAAACAAAGAGAAGGCUGCUGGUUUCACUGUAACAAGGGGAGCCGCGCUUUGAAACUGUCUGUAAGGCAGCGGCCGUGUCUUUAUGAAAUUGCUAUUUUAAUUAAAGGUCUCCGCAGUUUGUUAUUUAUUUAUUAAAUAUUAAUUGUUAAGAAGCUGGGUAGCGAUGGAUCAGCCAGCCGUCUACCCCGUGAAACUGUACGUUUACGACAUUUCUAGAGGGAUGGCCCGCCAGCUCAGCCCCAUCAUGCUGGGGAAACAGCUUGAUGGCAUAUGGCACACUGCCAUCGUGAUCCACGGUGACGAGUUCUUCUACGGAGGGGAAGGUAUUUCCAGCUGUCAGCCGGGCGGAACGAUGCUUGGUGCCCCCAACACAGUGGUGGAUCUGGGAACUACAGAGGUGACGGAGGAGAUAUUCAUGGAUUACCUCUCCUCGCUGGGAGAGUCCACCUACAGGGGGGAUCGGUAUCGUCUGUUUGAACACAAUUGCAACACGUUCAGUAACGAGGUGGCCCAGUUCCUGACGGGGGCAAAGAUCCCAGCAUACAUCACUGACCUCCCCUCGGAGGUGCUCUCCACGCCGUUCGGACAGGCUCUGAGACCGAUCCUGGACUCGAUUCACAUUCAGCCCCCCGGAGGAAACCACUUCAACGGGCACUACGGCCAGAGGUAGAGGGGCCAGACCCCCCGCAGACAAGAUCAGAGGAAUACAAAUCGGGACAUUUUAAAUAUAGAGAAAUAUAUAUAUAUAUGUAUGUGUGUGUGUGUCAUUGUAUAUUGUACCACUCCCUACACAGGAUUUCUAUGGACGUUUCUCAUCUGGGUCUUUAAAUCCCUCCUCUUCUCUCUCUUCCCGCCCGUAAUAUUAUCUAGAGCAGGGGUGUGAAGCUCGUGGAGAGCCGCAGUGUCUCCCCGCUUUCCUUCCACCCGAGGUCUUGAUUAAUUGGACACGUUUAACACUUCUCUCCCGGUCCUGGCAAUGUUUCACAGGUUGUGUAGCUUGAGCCAAGUGCGUCUCUAUCAUCAGCUGUAAAAAAUAUUAAACACGUCCAAUUGAACAAAUACCGAGAAGGCUGGAGCUAAUUGAGAGCUGAAGUUGUGAUGAAAACCAGGAGACCCUGCAGAGGACCCUGGAGGAGUGGAGUCUCACACCCCUGUUUAGACUAUAAAACAUGCAAAGCUGAAAGAAAGUAUUCCCAGUACUGUAAUCAUUGAGAGUCAAACACUGGCCCUGCUGCUCCACCCAGUCCUGGGGUUCAGAGCUCCCCUAAACGGAGUCUAGUAUUAGUAAUAUUGAAAUGAUCAGGAGCCAGGAGUUUGAGCAGGGUUAGAAACUCACACUAGCCCUGCUGCUGCUGCUGCACC